AGCUGUGAUUUUUGUGUUUUUUUUUGUUUGUUUUUGACUUCAACUGACAUUUGAAUCGUCUUAAAUUAAGAGAAAAAAUGAAAAGACUUGUAGUAAUACAAACAACUUGAAAACGGUUUUAAUAAACGUUUCAAUAAAUUUUCACAAAAUAAUUCGACAUGUUACCUCCGGGUAACGAACCAACAACAAUCGUAAAUGAUAACAAUAACACAACGGUUCGAAGUCCCAAUAAUAAUAAUGUAUUAACUUCGGCAACUCAACGACAAUUAGUCGUUGCAGGAAAUCGGAAUAGUGUAUGUUUAAGUGAAGUGGUUGUGCCCGUGUCAGUUGGACCAAAACGUCGAAGUUGGUGUGGUGUAUCACCAAAUAGUCGUCGAUAUGCUGAAGUUGGCAAUUGGAAACAUAAUUCACGAAAUGAUGCUGCAUUUCUAGAACCAUACAUGCAAGGAUUGGAUGGUGAACAUUUACAUAAUAACAGUAGUAAUGGAAGUCCUACGGUUGGAAUCAUUGGUUCACCAGCACCUCCACCCUCAACCCGACUGGCACCAUUUGGUUUGGGACCAUUAAGAAAUAGUGCUGGUGAUAGCUUAGACCAAAGUCGAGAAUCGUUGUCGUCAGGGGGUGAGGAUGGAGGUUCAGCCGAUGGUGAUUCAGAGGGUGGCGAUAGUACAGAUACUGGUUAUGGUGCCGCUUGUGAUAUUGGUCUAGUAGAACGAUUGAUUCGAACACAUCCAGUAUGGUUUCUACCCGGGAUACAGCGUGCUGGUGCAUUUCAUUUGUUGCAAGGGAAAGAGGAAGGAAAUUUUGUAGUAAGACAAUCAAGUCAACCAGACACAAUGGCAUUAUCAGUACGAUUACCCACUGAUAAAGGCCCUUACAUUGAACACUACCUCAUACAGUCAUCAAAUGGUCGUUUAGGAUUAGAAACAUCAGAAAAUCGUUUUAAUGACAUUCCAUCAUUAAUCGCAUAUUACUCUCAAUGCUGUGAUGAACUACCUGUUCAGUUAGUUUUACCCAGAGCAAUUCGUGAAGCACCUACACGACAACAAUUGUCUUCGUUAGCAUUAUUAGGACAAGAAUUUUGGAGAUAUCCAAUGGCAAAUCCACGACCACCAGAUCGAUCGCAAGAUAACUCAUCGUCAGUACCUGCAAAUAGUGAUACUAGCAUAUCAAGUCCCGAUUCAGGAGAUAAUGUUUUAUUAACAUUGAAUCCAAUAAUGACUACAUUCAAGGGUAACUUAUCAAAUAACAACAACAAUGACACUACUAUUGCGAAUAAUGGCCUUAUUAAUACACAACAAUCGAAUGGAGUUAUUCCAGCGCGAGGGCCUAGACCAACACCACCAAAUACUCUUAAUAUUGUCAGUAAUACUGCGUUGCUAACGAGAUCUAACACAGCCAGUCCACAAUCAGUAGUAAUUGAAGGUUCAACGACUAAAACACCUCCUCCACCUCCACCAAGAUGGGCAAAACCAUUAAAAACAUCAGAUAGUAGUAGUGUGGUAUCAUCGUCAAAUAGUCCACAAUCACAAAAUAGUAAUUUCACUGUUACCACUACCGUGACAUUUAGUGUUAAUAAUACACCAGCAAAUGUUGUGGAACAAGAUGGUGGCAUUACGCAUAGUCCUUCACACGUGGAAAUUUCUUGUGUAAGAGAGGAUCCAUCGAAGCGUUUAUCCCCGGAAGGACAAUGUAUAUCAACAAUUUCAUCACAAGGUAGUAUUCGACGGACAUCAAUAAUCAAAUCACAUCGAUCAAAUUCACCAGCAACAACAACACCUAGUCAAAUUCUUAGCCCAUCAAAUAGUGAUGCAACAACUACAACAUUUUCUACAUCAUCUUCUAGUCACCAUCAUCAUCAUCAACAAAUUAUACAACAACAAACUAGUCAAGUAUUAUCGCCAACCACAAGUACUGUAUUAUCGCCGGUCGGUAGUGUUUUAUCACCAGUUGGAAGUGUUUUAUCACCACAAACUGGUUCUGGACCACCAAGUUUAUUAUCACCAGCAACACCAGAUACUGUGUCACCACUCUCAGUUAGUAGAGCUUCUGGACGACAUAGUAAACGUUCAAAACCAGGACGAAAAAUAUCCAGACAUUAUCAGGAAUCAGAUAUUUUGGAUUCACCAACAGUAUAUUAUCGUAGUUCGGUUGGUGAUAAAAUUAGUGAUUAUGAGGAUAUAUGGGGACCGGAUCAUUCUACAUGCUCAACAUUUAAACCUAAAAUCAGUCCUUUUGCAUCACCGGAUUUAAUACAACACACAGGCAAUGUUAUAUCGCUUCAUAAUAAUAUACUCAGUCCCAGUGGAUCUCAACAAGAGUCUAGUAGUCAAUCAAGUUUUUCACCUCAAGAAAAUCAGCAUUCUACUCAAUGUGAAAUUAAAAACCGAUUAAAUUUAGUAAUGCCAAAUCGAACAAAUAGUCCAAGCUUUAAGGAUACAUCACCAUCGCCUCGAAUCGAUAGCCCAACACCAAAACCAAAACAAGGAAGUCCGUUUUAUGCCGAACCAGCUGAUUCAAUAGCACAAGCAGCAGUAAUACGACGUCAACAAAUACGAGGCCCAUUAAAUCUCAGCCAACGGCAUUCAAAUCCUUCAUCAUUUCAUAUAAAACUAGAAUCACAAAUAUUAGAAGAAAAUCGAUUAGAAAAUGUAGACUUAGUAUCGAGUCCCGUAUCCACAUCUGUAGAUAAUUUAACCUGUGUAAAUAAAGGGGCCAAAUUUAAUUUAAUUGGUAAUUGUAGGCGAUCAGGAGCUAAACCAGUGCAACCACCGAUUAUUAAACAAUAUUUACAAGGUGUCAAACAAGAUCCAUCUUGGACGUUGGAUAAUAGUUGGCAAUUUAUAGGGAAUGAAUCUGACGAUAGUUAUAUUGAAGAUUCUGAUUGGGCGCAACCAUUUCCACCAUUGCCAUUAAUAUCACCGCAUACUCCUGAGAGUCCGGGUGAAAAACAAACUGUUCAUCAAGUUAUCGCUCAUCGUUUUCCUGAAUUAAAUUUAGUAACAAAUCAUCAUCAACAUACAUCACACAAUCAAGACAGUAAUGGAUGUCGAAUGUCAUCGUAUGAUAAUGUCGAAGGCCGUAAUCAUCCCGCUCCACCUUCAGAAAUUAGUGAACCGUGUACAAUAUUUUCAGAGCCAUGGACUGAAACGAGUUGGCAGCCACAAAAUAACCAUACACCACGAAUUUCCGGCAUUCAAAAUGAUAUGAAUGAGGAUGAAGAUAAGUCUAUGGAUAGUCAAGGUCUUCCAUAUGAUAAUGGUUUAAAUAGAGGGAAAAGUUUUCGGGAUCGUUUGGAUCCACUAUUAUCUCCACCUAGAGUGAUGGCGUUAAGAAAUCGUGAAUCAGGUGCAGCUGGAGCUGGUAUUGCAAUUAGAAAUUAUGCGUUAGCACUUGCUCAAGAUAAAACUACAACAUUUGCUCAGCAAAUAGAAAAUUUUAUAUCGUGUACAAGAGAAUCACGUGAAACAAAUCCUCAGGUUGUUAUGAGAAAUAUGCGUCAAUUUAUGUCUGGAAUGAAAAACUACCUUGUAAAACAUGGUGAACGUGGUUUUGAACGAGAGGUUGAAAAAGAACGUAGCAAGUUAAAAUCAACAGAGUUUUUGAAUUUAGAUGCAAUAUUAGAAGGUGUUUUACAUCGGUUAGUGGUACGACCAUUACGAUCUCAUUUACAGUCGUUGUUUGUAGAAUUUUAUACCCGUACGGGUGCUAUUAAAUUAUUAGCUGAUAAUAUACAAUAUGCAAAUACAAGGCCGCUCUCCGAGUUAGCAAUACGGCCAAAAAUUUGUUUACCAUCAGAAAACGAUCUAGAAACGAUAUCACAGUUUAUAACUAGGCUACAAGAUGCUGAUUCACCAUUGGAAAAAUUAGAAAAUCUUUUAGCAGCUAUUGCAACAAUAUUCCAUUCUGUAAAAUGCUCAAACUCAAGAUCUCCAUUAACACUUGGUGCCGAUGACUUUUUACCAUUAUUUGUUUGGGUACUUGUGAAGACGAAUUUCAUUGCUGCUGAAAUCGAAGCGGAAUAUAUGUGGGGUUUACUACAUCCAUCAUUACUUUCGGGUGAAGGUGGAUAUUAUCUAACUACGUUAUCUUCUGCCGUACAUGUCUUAAAAAAUUUCAAAGCAAGUCAUGAAGAAAAUUCAGAAAAUGAAAAUAAAGUCAAUACAGAUUAUCCUCCAGUAUUAAAAGUGGUUGUGCCUGACGAACGACACGGAUCAAUUUUGACGAAAACAUUACCAGUACGACCACAUAUGACUACAAAACAAAUAUGUAAAAUAAUUGCUCAUAAAUCACGUAUUACAAAUCCACAAGAUUACGCAUUGUAUCGAUUAAUAGACGGAGAAGAAACAAUGCUAGCCGAUAAUGAAUGUCCACAAGAAGUAACCGGGGAACAAAAACAUGGAAUGUUAGUGUAUAAACGUACAGAUGCAAAAAUUGCAUGGCCUAAAUCAAAUUCUCCCCAGAAAUAGAAAAAAACGUUUGUAUCAAUUAAAAAAAAUAAUAAUAUUUAAGGAAUAAUAUAUUUUAUAUUACGAAUAUAUAUUCUAAUUACACCCCUACUCUCCUUCAUUUUAUUUCA